UGACUUCCUGUUGGGACCGGAAGCAGAGCAGUGACAUCAGAGUGACGCAGAGGUCAGAAACCCUCUCUCACAGCCAUCUUGGAUCCUGUGCCCUGAACUAUCCAGAAUGCCAGGCGAAGCCACAGAAACUGUCCCUGUUACAGAGCAGGAGAUGCAGCAGCCCCAGGCUGAGACGGCCACACCUGCUGCUGCAGCCCCUGCCCCCUCUCAGGCAAAGUCUAAAGAUGGCAAAACUAACCCUAAACUGUCCUCAUCUCCUCAUACCACUGCUCCUAAGCCAGUUCCUGCAGGACGCAGGAAACGCUCUUCUCUGUCUGCUUCCUCAAGCUCUCCUACUUCUCCUAAAUCUGCCUCCGGCCCUCGUGCUACCCCUCCAUGCUCUCCUUUAGCCUCUCCUCCUGCUGACUCUCCUUUAGCUGGGAAAACUGAGCAAACUGCUCCCAAGGUGGUAAAGGCUGGCAAACAAGGGAAGCAACAAAAAGCAAAGAAUUUUAAACCUGCCGAACAAGAGCAGGUGCCUUCCUCUACUUCCAAGCUUGCUCAAGAGUGUGCAGCUCUGCCAGUUCUUGCUAUACCAGAGGUAGCAAAACCAGCAGGUACUGCAGAUGCUAUCCCUGUCUCUCCCAAAAUUGCUGUGGCUCCUGUGGCAUUUAAAGUAACUUCCAAAGCUGCUGCCCCAGCACCAAAAUCGUUUACAGAAGCUGUUGCUUCUAGUCCACCCAAAGUGUCUGAAGCUGCAAAGGCACCAAGCACUGCUGUUUCAGAAACUAAAACUACUUCACCAAAAGCACCUACUAAGCCGGGCCCAGCCCAGCCAAAUGCCCCAGCCACUGCUACUCUUCCAAAGCCUGCUCCUUUGGCAACAUUUGAGGACGAUGAUCUGCCACCUCUCCUUCCACCUGAGAAUCCUUUUACAGUGCCUGCUUUCCCCCCCUUGCCACCUACUACUAUAACUGUUGAAUCUGUCCCUAAAGCAAAAGCAGCUCCUAAAGCUAAGCCAGCUUCUAAAGUUGAACCUGUCCCCACCCCUAAAGGUGCCACCACUCCGGUAGAGAAAGUAGCAAUAGCCUCUAAAAUUGAGGCUGCACCAAAAGUUGAGCCCUUCCAAAUCACUAAACCUCAGGCUCCCACUAAAAAUGAGGCUGCUGCACCUAAAGUUAAGUCUGCUUCAGCUCCUAAACCUGAGCCCGUUCCUGCCCCUAAACCUGAGGUUCCAACUAAGAAAGAGGUUGCUGCUGCUGCACCUCAAGCUAAGGCUGCCCCAAGUCCAAAAGCGGAGCCUGUUUCUGCCCUUAAACCUGAGGCUCCUGCUAAGAAAGAGGCUGCUGCACCUAAAGCUAAGCCUGUCCCAGCUUCUAAAGCUGAGCCUGUUUCUGCCCCCAAACCUGAGGCUCCCGUUAAGAUUGAGGCUGCUGCACCUAAAGCUAAGACUGCACCAGCUCCUAAAGCUGAGCCAGUUCCUGCCCCCAAACCUGAGGCUCCCGUUAAGAUUGAGGCUGCUGCACCUAAAGCUAAGACUGCACCAGCUCCUAAAGCUGAGCCAGUUCCUGCCCCCAAACCUGAGGCUCCCGUUAAGAUUGAGGCUGCUGCACCUAAAGCUAAGGCUGCACCUGCUCCUAAAGCUGAGCCGGUUCUUGCCCCCAAACCUGAAGCUCCCGUUAAGAUUGAGGCUGCUGCACCUAAAGCUAAGGCUGCACCUGCUCCUAAAGCUGAGCCUGUUCCUGCCUCCAAACCUGAGGCUCCAGUUAAGAGCGAGUCUGCUGCACUCAAACCCAAGGCUGCUCCAGCUUCCAAAGCUGAGCUUGUUUCUGCCCCCAAACCUGAGGCUCCAGUUAAGAAUGAAGCUGCUGCACCUAAAAUUAAGGCUGCACCAGCUCCUAAGGCUGAGGUGGCUGUUAAGACUGAGGCUGCUGCUGCCGCCCCUAAAGCCAAGGCUGCCCCAAGCCCUAAAGCUGAGGCUGCUGCUGCUGCUGCACCUAAAGCAAAGUCUGUCUCUAGCCCCAAACCUGAGCCUGUUUUUGCCCCUAAUGUUGAGACUUUUGCAUCUAAAGUUAAAUCUACCCCUGGCCCUAAAGAGAAGGCUGCUCUUGCCCCUAAAAUUGAUGCUGCUGCUGCGGUUAUCAAAUCUGAGCCUGUUUCUGCCCCUCUAAUUGAGGCUGCUCCUACACCUAAAGUCAAGUCUAGUUCUAAAGAUAAGCCUGCUCCUGCCCCUAAAGUGGAGGCUGCUCAUGUCCUGAAACCUGAGUCUGUUCCUGCCUCUAAGAUUGAUGCUGCUCCUGCCUCUAAAGUUAAGACUGUUGCUGGUCCUAAAGCUGAGACGGUGACUUCUACUAAAGUUGAGGCUUCUAAAACUGAAGCUACCCCUAAAGUUGAAACCACUGCUCCAAAAGCUGAAAAAAAUGUUCCUAAAUCUAAGGCUGCUCCUGCCACUAAAGUUGAGGCUGCUCCAGCACCUAAAGUUGAGGCUGCUUCUGCCCCUAAAGUCAGGCCUCCACCUAAAGUUGAGCAAUCCCCUACCAGUAAAGCUGAGCCUGUCCCUGCUGCUAAAAUUGACAAAGCCCCUGUUCCCAAACCAGUAAAAGUCUCAUCCAUACUGGAGCCAGUCAUCAAGAACGACACGGGGUCUGGAACCGAAUCUGACAGUGAUGAAUCUGUUCCUGACCUGGAGGAGGGAGACUCUGCACAGACACAAACACAGCAGGCACAGCUUGCAGCUGCAGCCGAAAUCGAUGAGGAACCUGUUAGCAAAGCAAAACAAAGCAGAAGUGAGAAAAAAGCUCGCAAGGCUAUGUCCAAACUGGGGUUGAGACAAGUUGCCGGUGUUACCAGGGUAACCAUUCGCAAAUCCAAGAACAUUCUCUUUGUCAUCACCAAACCAGAUGUCUACAAAAGUCCGGCUUCAGAUACAUACAUCGUCUUCGGCGAGGCCAAGAUUGAAGACCUUUCCCAGCAAGCUCAGUUAGCAGCUGCAGAGAAGUUCAAGGUUCAAGGAGAAGCAGUUUCAAACAUCCAAGAAAACACACAGACGCCCACAGUACAGGAGGAGAGCGAAGAGGAAGAGGUUGAUGAGACCGGAGUGGAGGUCAAGGACAUUGAGCUGGUCAUGUCACAGGCCAAUGUAUCCAGGGCGAAGGCUGUGCGCGCACUGAAAAAUAACAACAACGACAUUGUCAAUGCUAUUAUGGAAUUGACGAUGUAGAUGGACAUCAGGGACUGGGUCACAUUAAGAUGAUGCUGAUUUGAUCUACACUAUUGUUUGUACAAUUUAUACCCAAGAGAAAUAAAGGAGUGGCUUGAUAAUGUUA